CAACUGCACUUGGACAGCCCCGGUCAUACAUAUACUGCCAUCGGGUCAAUAAACUGCGAGAGCAUAAUCAUUCACUAUUCGCAAUGACUUACAAAUUCGACCCGGACUAUCAAGCCUGCGCCCGGCAAACCUUUGAAGAACUUGGCUUCCCACCAGACCGACCAACUCCUCGUUUUCCAAAAGGAGAUGUCAAAGCGCGAAGAGAAGGAGCAAGCUUCGCCAAAGUGAUUCUUGCACUUGAACCUGAAGUCCCUGGCAUCGUGAAGACGAGAUAUACAGCUCUAGCAAAAGAUGGUUAUGAAGUCCCCAUCUUUGCUUACCGAACAGAGACGGAGCAAAAAAGUGCAACUUUGCAGCCGGCUGCGCUGUAUCUUCAUGGCGGCGGUAUGAUAUUUGGCUCGUCGGAGGUAUUUGAACAAGCUACCAAGUCAGAUGUAGCUGCUACUAGCGUUGCACAUUUCAGCGUGGAUUAUCGCGUAGCACCAGAGGCUCGCCAUCCAACUCCGGUUGAGGACUGCUAUGCUGCACUCGUCUGGCUUCAUUCGCAAGCCAAAGAUCUAGGGAUUGAUAACUCACGUAUUGCCGUCGUUGGUCUCAGCGCAGGAGGUGGAUUGGCUGCUGCUGUCUCCCUCAUGGCCCGCGAUCGUGGUCUGAAUCCACCCAUCGCAAAGCAAAUCCUACAGUGCCCCAUGCUUGACGACCGCAACAUAAAACCGGACGAGGCAUUGGCACCAUUUAUGACUUGGUCAUGGGAUGACAACUGGACAGGGUGGAAUGCUUUGCUCGAAGGGAAAGCUGGGUCUAGUUCAAUUUCUGCAUAUGCAGCUCCCGCUCGGGCUGAGAAUCUCGGUGGGCUACCGGCAACAUACAUUGAUGUAGGCACUUUAGAUAUUUUCGCCAAGGAAGACGAGGAUUUUGCAUUGCGUUUGAAGAAAGCUGGAGCGGAAGUCGAGUGGCAUUUGUAUCAAGGUGUGCCACACGGGUUUGAAUUCCGAGGACGACAAUCAAAGAUCAUGCAUAAGGCGCAGUCAAAUAGACGAGCAGCUGUUCAAAACAUUUAG